AAUCAUUAAGCUGUACACAGUGUUAAUCUUGAACUCUAAAAAUUUAUGGAGAAUAAAGUUCCAACGGUUUCACUUGGUGGCGGCUUAACCAUGCCAGUCAUUGGCAUGGGGACUGCUUCGUAUCCACCAGCCGAUGCGGACACCGUUAAAUCAGCCAUCGUCGAGGCAAUCGGAGCUGGAUAUCGUCAUUUCGAUACGGCUUUCAUCUACGGGUCAGAGCAGCCACUCGGAGAAGCAAUCGCCGAGGCUAUAAAAAUUCGCCUCAUCAAGUCCCGAGAUGAACUCUUUAUCACUUCCAAGCUAUGGUGUACUUUUGCUGAACAAGAUUUGGUCAUUCCCGCCAUCAAAAUGAGUCUCGAGAAUCUUCAGCUGGAAUAUCUUGAUCUUUAUCUGAUACAUUGGCCGUUAAAGUUCAACAAAGACCCGAGUCGUUUCCCGGUUCCGAAACAAGAAGUGUCCGUCAUCGAUACCAAAUCGGUUUGGAGUGCGAUGGAAGAGUGUCAACGUCUCGGUCUCACCAAAUCCAUCGGUGUCUCGAAUUUCUCCGCCAGAAAGCUCGAUGAAAUCCUUUCGUCCGCGAAAAUCCCUCCAACCGUCAACCAGGUGGAGAUAAACCCACUUAGGCAGCAAAAGGAGAUGAUGGAGUUGUGCAAGGCAAAGGGUAUACAUGUUUCUGCUCAUUCCCCUCUGGGGUCCAAAGGCACACCAUGGGGAGACAACAGGAUUUUCGAAUGCCUUGUUUUGAAAGAGGUUGCCCAGGCCAAAGGGAAAACAACUGCACAGAUUUGUCUACGAUGGGUGUACGAGCAAGGGGCGAGUGUGAUAACGAAGAGCUUCAACGGGGAGAGGAUGAAGGAGAACCUGGAAAUAUUUGAUUGGUCACUGAGUGGGGAAGAAAUGGAAAAAAUCAGUGGCAUUCCACAGCGCAAACAUAGUAGCUCACUAGGUUCAUUCAUCGAGGACAGUUCAGAGCUUGAGGAAGAGCUUUGAAACAUGGUUUAAGAAUAAAGACCAUGUUUCAAAUUAAUAAGAUGUUGUGUGUUUGAUUAAACACUUUGUUCAAGUAAUUAAGUGUAUGAUUCUCCAAAUUUUAAGAGUUA